AAAAGUGUCUUCUUCAUCAAUCCCCGUCGUGCCAUUGCUUAAACCCUAAAACCAGCCUCCUUCUUCCUUGUUCCCCCUCCCUCCCUCUACUCUUCAAGCUCUCCCUACUGUAGAAGAAUGGAGGAAGAGCUUCGUGUUCGGCUGAAUGACCAUCAAGUGUCAAAGGUUUUCCCUGUGAAACCAAAAUCAACGGCGAAACCUGUUUCCAAAUCGGAGACUCCGGAAUCCAGAUACUGGUCCUCUUUCAAAAAUCAUUCCAUACCUGAUCUCGUCUCCUCCGUGUCCGCCUUGGCUUUCUCUCCGGUCCACCCCCACUCCUUGGCCGUCGCUCACUCCGCCACCGUCUCCCUCUUUUCCUCGCAUUCGCUUUCCUCCUCCCGCCGUUUCUCCUUCCGUGAUGUUGUCUCCUCCGUCUGCUUCCGUUCCGACGGAGCUCUUUUCGCCGCAUGCGAUCUCUCCGGUGUCGUCCAGGUCUUCGACAUCAAGGAGCGAAUGGCUCUCCGUACCCUCCGCUCCCACAGCGCACCCGCUCGAUUCGUCAAGUAUCCCUUUCAGGACAAGCUCCACUUGGUAUCCGCCGGCGACGAUGGAGUGGUCAAGUACUGGGAUGUCGCCGGAGCAACCGUCAUCUCAGAUCUGUUAGGCCACAAGGACUAUGUCCGCUGCGGUGAUUGCUCCCCCGUCAACGAUUCCAUGUUGGUAACUGGCUCUUACGAUCACACGGUGAAGCUGUGGGACACCAGAGUCGACAAGUCCAAAUGGAUUGCCGAGAUCAACCACGGACUCCCAGUGGAGGACGUCGUAUACCUGCCUUCUGGUGGAAUGAUUGCAACCGCCGGUGGGAACACCGUCAAGGUUUGGGACUUGAUCGGAGGCGGGAAGAUGGUUUGCUCAAUGGAGAGUCACAACAAGACGGUCACGUCUCUCUGCGUCGGUAGAAUGGAAUCCGCUGAGACGCGACUUGUUAGCGUUGCUUUGGACGGAUACAUGAAAGUGUUUGAUUACGGGAGAGCAAAGGUUACUUUCUCCAUGAGGUUUCCAGCUCCUCUUAUGUCUCUUGGCCUUUCGCCCGAUGGUUCCACUCGGGUGAUCGGAGGGUCUAAUGGCAUGGUCUUUGCCGGUAAGAAGAAGCUGAGAGAUGUUGUUGGAGAGAAGAAAAGUUUGAGUCUUUGGAGUGUGAGGAGCCAAGUGGAUGAGACUAGGAGAAGGGCACUGAGGCCGACGUAUUUCAGGUACUUCCAGAGAGGGCAGAGCGAGAAGCCAUCCGAAGAGGAUUUCUUGGUCAAGGAGAAGAAAGGAUUGAAGCUGACAAGACACGACAAGCUCUUGAAGAAGUUCAGGCAUAAGGAAGCUCUGGUCUCCGUGUUGGAGGAGAAGAAACCGGCCAAUGUUGUUGCAGUGAUGGAAGAAUUAGUGGCGAGGAGGAAGCUGAUGAAGUGCGUGUCGAAUAUGGAGGAAGGCGAGUUGGGAAUGCUGCUAGGUUUCUUACAAAGGUACUGCACUGUGCAGAGGUAUUCAGGAUUGUUGAUGGGAUUGACGAAGAAGGUUUUGGAGACAAGAGCUGAGGACAUUAAGGGUAAGAACGAGUUCACAGGUCUUCUCAGGAACUUGAAGAGGGAGGUUAAUCAGGAGAUUAGGAUACAACAGUCUCUUCUAGAGAUUCAGGGUGUUAUUGCUCCUUUGAUGAGAAUUGCUGGUAGAAGUUGAUCAAAUCAAUUCAAGUUUUGUUUGUUUCUGUUUUUGAUGCUUUCAAUUUUGUUCUGCUAAUGAUAGAUAUUUCAUGGUAA